ACAACAGGCUGGCUUGUGCACACAGUGGAAAAGGUGUGGUCAUGGCUGUUGAUUACAUGGAAGAAUGGGCAGAACAUGAGGCAAAGAGAGAAAGAGGGAGCGGGACAACGGACAGAAUCAGAGUGCUGAAGGAAUUUGUGGGAAAUCCAAGGUUUGACAGUCUCCCUCCACAGGCAGUGGAACCGGUUUCAAUAUGAAUAAGAAUCAGGUAAAUGCUCCCACCUAUGACAACAUGGGGUUUCAGCAUGAGGAAGGAAGACCUCAUUCAAAUGCCCCACAACAGGGUAUAUACCCUUUCCUCCCACAGGAGACCCGCAGCUAUGUUGCUGUCAGUCCCAAAACCAUCAAUACCCACCACACUGCGACACCUGGAACACCACAUAAGAUAGGACAAAGGAAAGGAAUAAAGAAAUGGCAGUGGAAAUAUAUACUGUGUGCAUCUCUGUGUGUGCUUCUCAUCCUGGCGAUGGCCAGCCUCUUGCUCUGGUACUUCUUAUACUACCAGUGUUUACUGGGGAAGUCGUGUAGAAGUGGUGGGAAGUGUUUAAGCUCGUCCCAGUGGUGCGAUGGUGUAAAGGACUGUUCUCACGGAGAGGAUGAAUCUCAGUGCUUUCGCCUUCACGGAACCAACUUCAUGCUGGAAACCUACUCAUCUGAUAGCCAGACGUGGAUGCCGGUGUGUGCUGAAAACUGGGACAACAACUAUGGGAGAACUGUGUGUGAGCACAUAGGGUACAAGAGACAGGAUUAUGUGUCCUACACCCAAACCAGUGCUGGUUCUUUGGCCUCCAGGGGAUACAUGAAGCUGAAGGCUGGAAGUUAUCAUGGAUCACGUAUACAGUCACAGCUCACUUACAGCCAAAGUUGCUCUGCCAGAGCAGUCAAACUUCAUUGUAUUGAAUGUGGAGUGAGUUCAGCAGCCCCCAGUGCCCGUAUUGUGGGUGGUACAGCGGCAGUAAAUGGGGCCUGGCCGUGGCAGGUCAGUCUCCAGAUUCAGCAUCAACACACAUGUGGAGGCUCCAUUAUCAGCCCUUACUGGAUCCUAUCUGCUGCACACUGCUUUGAAAAGUAUUCACAUCCUGGACAUUGGAGGGUGUACUAUGGUGAUGUGAGCUUGCUUCAGAUGGGCUUGGGCUCCGGCAAAACAGUUAGCAAAAUUAUCAGUCAUGACAAAUUCGACAAACACACUAAUGACAAUGACAUUGCUCUCGUAAAGCUCGAUACACCUCUGACAUUUACAAGAACAGUGAAGCCUGUGUGUCUCCCCAACAUUGGCUUGGACCUCUCUGCUGGACAUCAUGCCUGGAUCACAGGAUGGGGAGCCUUGCGCUUAUCUGGACCAUCCCCUGACAGACUACAUCAGGCCCAGGUGACCGUUUACAGCAGAGAGACCUGUAACAGCCCUCAGGUGUUAAAUGGAGAAAUCAGUGAGACCAUGAUCUGUGCCGGAAAAAUGCAGGGAGGAGUCGACUCAUGUCAAGGCGACAGUGGAGGGCCCCUGGUAGUCAAGGAGGGAGAUGUAUGGUGGCUGGCAGGGGACACUAGCUGGGGGAUUGGAUGUGCUUUGAGGAACAAGCCAGGAGUCUACGGCAAUGUUACCUACUUUAUCCACUGGGUAUAUGAACAAAUGCAGAACGAGUGACAGAGUUCUCAGUAAACCUUAACUCAAACCUCUGUCGUUAAUCAGCAGUACUUACUUUAUCACACACUUUGCACUUUGAAUCUGAAGCUCUGAGGAAAUGUAAUCAUGAGGAAGAUAUAA